GCGCCGCCAUUUUCCCCUCAGUUCAGAACGGCUGACGGACAGGAACCGCUGGAGCAUCCCGCACCCAUCUACCUUGUUUAUCCAUCUGACUCCUCCCUCCUCCCCAUCGCCCCCCUCCUGUCUCCCACUCUCGUCUGUAACUGACGCACCGCUGCGUUCACAGCUCGCGCCCACCCAGCGCUGCUGCUGAAGCUGCGUCUCUCUCUCUCUCUCUCCGGCGGAUUCGCCAUGUAUGGAUGAGCUACGGAGAGAGAUGCUGUAGGCUGACCAAAGACAGCGAAUUACACAGAAACACAGGCUGCUGAAGAGAUUCAAGAAGGAGGGAGCGGAGGAAUCUGGAUUUGAAUGGGCAGAGGAGGAUUCACCCUCUGCAGUCGUCGAGUGUGAGUUGCCGAGGUGCCAGGUGUGUGUGUGUGUAUAGCCACACAAAUAUUUAGCUCUUCUGCUCAUCCACUCACCCACCAGUGACAUGGCGGGGGCUUCGGUGAAAGUGGCUGUGAGGGUCCGGCCCUUCAACUCUAGAGAGAUUGGGAAGGAGAGCAAGUGCAUCAUUCAGAUGUCAGGAAACACCACAACAAUCCUGAACCCCAAACAGCCAAAAGAAAACAAGAGCUUCAACUUUGACUUCUCUUACUGGUCACACACCACGCCUGAGGAUAUCAACUAUGCGUCCCAGAUGCAGGUGUACAAGGACAUCGGUGAGGAAAUGCUGCUUCAUGCCUUUGAGGGCUACAACGUGUGCAUAUUUGCUUAUGGACAGACCGGAGCAGGGAAAAGCUAUACCAUGAUGGGACGACAGGAGAAAGACCAGCAGGGAAUCAUACCCCUGCUGUGUGAGGACCUUUUCACCAAGAUUAAUGACAGCAAUAAUGACAACAGCAUGUCUUACUCUGUGGAGGUAAGUUACAUGGAGAUCUACUGUGAGCGUGUGCGUGACCUGCUAAAUCCUAAAAACAAAGGGAACCUACGUGUCAGAGAGCACCCUCUGAUGGGGCCCUAUGUUGAAGAUUUAUCCAAGCUCGCCGUCACUUCAUACAAUGACAUCCAGGACCUGAUGGACUCUGGAAACAAGGCCAGGACUGUGGCUGCGACCAACAUGAACGAGACCAGCAGUCGCUCCCAUGCCGUCUUUAACAUCAUCUUCACACAAAAGAAACACGACAUGGAGACGGACAACACAUCAGAAAAGGUCAGUAAGAUCAGCCUGGUGGACUUGGCUGGUAGUGAGAGAGCUGACUCUACCGGAGCUAAAGGGACCAGACUGAAGGAAGGAGCAAACAUCAACAAAUCUCUAACAACACUGGGGAAAGUUAUUUCUGCACUGGCUGAAAUGGACUCUGUACCAAACAAGAACAAGAAAAAGAAGAAGGUGGAGAGUUUCAUCCCCUACAGAGACUCAGUCCUGACCUGGCUGCUGAGGGAGAAUUUGGGAGGAAACUCUCGUACCGCCAUGGUGGCCGCCCUCAGCCCUGCUGAUAUUAACUAUGAUGAGACCCUCAGUACCCUCAGGUACGCUGAUCGUGCCAAGCAGAUCCGUUGUAACGCCGUGAUAAACGAGGACCCCAACAACCGGCUGGUGCGUGAGCUGAAAGAGGAGGUUGCUCGCCUUAAAGACCUGCUGUAUGCACAGGGCCUGGGAGACAUCAUCGAGAACCUGUGCGAUUACAAGAACUUUGUGAAUAAUCGCCAGGCUGUCAAUCAAAGGGGUGAUCUCUCCACAGUGACCCACGCCAUGACAGGAAUGAGCCCCUCCCCAUCGCUCUCAGCCCUGUCCAGUCGCGCCGGCUCCAUCAGCAACUUGCACGACCGCAUCUUCAGCCCAGCCAGCGAGGAGGCCAUCGAGAGACUCAAGGAAACAGAAAAGAUCAUUGCAGAGCUCAAUGAGACCUGGGAGGAGAAACUUCGACGUACUGAGGCCAUCCGUAUGGAAAGGGAGGCCCUGCUGGCUGAGAUGGGUGUUGCAAUGAGAGAAGAUGGAGGCACUGUUGGCGUCUUCUCCCCGAAGAAGACUCCUCAUCUGGUGAAUCUGAAUGAAGACCCGCUGAUGUCAGAGUGCCUGCUGUAUUACAUCAAAGACGGCAUCACUAAAGUUGGCAGAGAAAAUGCCAAAACUCGACAAGACAUUGUUCUCAGCGGCCAUUUCAUCAAAGAUGAACACUGCACAUUCAGCAGCACCACCGGCCCUCAGGGAGAAGGAAUCGUUGUUCUGGAGCCAUGUGAGGGAUCAGAGACAUACGUCAACGGGAAGAAAGUGACCUCUCCCAUUGUUCUUCGAUCUGGGAACCGCAUCAUCAUGGGAAAGAGCCACGUGUUUCGCUUCAACGACCCGGAGCAGGCUCGUAUGGAGCGGGAGAGGACGCCAUGUGCAGAGACGCCGGUGGAGCCCGUGGACUGGGCAUUCGCUCAGCGAGAGCUGCUGGAGAAACAAGGCAUUGACAUGAAGCAGGAGAUGGAGCAGAGGCUUCAGGAGCUUGAAGAUCAGUAUCGCAAAGAAAGAGAAGAAGCCAGUAACCUACUGGAGCAGCAGAGGCUGGAUUAUGAGAGUAAACUGGAGGCUCUACAGAAACAAGUCGACUCUCGAUACCUGGAGUCUCCCGAGGAAGAAGAAGAGCCUGAAGAGGAAGUGCCAUGGACGACUCGUGAGACUGAGCUGGCUCUAUGGGCAUUCAGAAAGUGGCGUUUUUACCAGUUCACCUCUCUCAGGGAUCUUCUUUGGGGCAACGCCAUCUUCCUCAAAGAGGCUAACGCUAUUAGUGUGGAGCUGAAGAAAAAGGUUCAAUUCCAGUUCGUCCUGUUGACAGACACACUCUACUCUCCCCUUCCCCCUGACCUCCUUCCCCCCAGUGCGGCCAAAGAAAGAGAGAGGAGACCUUUUCCACAAACAAUUGUUGCUGUCGAAGUACAAGACCAAAAGAAUGGAGCAACACAUUACUGGACUCUGGAGAAACUCAGGCAGAGACUGGACCUUAUGAGAGAAAUGUACGACCGUGCUGCAGAGCUUCCCAGCAGCGCUGUGGAGGACUGUGACCAUGCUCUGACCGGAGGAGACCCCUUCUACGACCGCUUCCCUUGGUUCCGCCUGGUCGGCAGGGCGUUUGUGUACCUGAGCAACCUGCUGUACCCAGUGCCCCUGGUGCACCGUGUGGCCAUCGUCAGUGAGAAAGGAGAGGUGAAAGGCUUCCUCAGAGUGGCUGUUCAGGCCAUCUCAGCUGAUGAAGAGGCCCCUGAUUACGGCUCUGGUGUGAGGCAGUCAGGCACCGCCAAGAUCUCCUUCGAAGACAAACAGUUUGAGAAGUUCCAGACAGAGACGUCUGCUGGCGGUCUUUCCCACUCCAACACAUCUCAGGAGGAGCUGCGAAUCGUGGAGGGAGAAGGACAGACCACUGAGAUGGGAAUCUCUGCAGAUGAGGUCAACAACAACACCUGUCCAGGUGAGGUAACACCAGACACCAAUGUGUCUGUGUCUCCUCUGUCUCAUGUAGCAGUCCUGGAGGUUCCCCGCAGCCCAGUGAAGAGUUCAGGUCUCGGCCUAGAUCUUCCCCUGGACCUCUCCCCUGAAAAAGCCCUGUCCCACCUGAAGAUCGGCAGCACCUUCACCUUCAGAGUCACCGUCCUGCAGGCGUCCAGCAUCUCGGCUGAAUAUGCAGAUAUUUUCUGCCAGUUUAACUUCAUUCACCGCCACGAUGAAGCUUUCUCUACUGAGCCACUGAAGAACACAGGCAGAGGACCUCCACUCGGCUUCUACCACGUUCAAAAUAUCACAGUUGAGGUGACAAAGUCCUUUGUGGAGUACAUCAAAACCCAGCCCAUCGUCUUUGAGGUUUUCGGUCAUUAUCAGAAACAGCCUUUCCCUCCGCUCUGCAAAGACCUCAUCAGUCCACUGAGACCUACCAGGAGGCAGUUCCCCAGAGUCAUGCCCUUAUCCAAACCAGUGCCGGCCACAAAGCUCAGCACUCUGACUCGCUCCACUGCAGGACCGUGUCACGCCAAAUAUGACCUCAUGGUGUUCUUUGAGAUCUGUGAGCUUGAAGCUAACGGAGACUACAUCCCAGCUGUUGUUGACCACAGAACCGGGAUGCCCUGCCAUGGCACGUUCCUCCUACACCAGGGCAUUCAGAGGAGGAUCACUGUAACCAUCGCACAUGAAACAGGGAACGACAUUGAGUGGAAAGAAGUGAAGGAGCUGGUUAUUGGUCGUAUUAGAAACACACCAGAGGCUGAUGAGACCAUCAUAGACCCAAACAUCCUCUCCCUCAACAUCCUGUCGUCUGGAUACUUCUGGCCAAAACACAAUGACAACGUCUCCUUGGGAGUUGACCAUAGAACUUUCUACCGGUUUGAUGCAGCGUGGGACAGCUCCAUGCACAACUCUCUGCUUCUGAACAGAGUCACUCCCUAUGGGGAGAAGAUCUACAUCACCCUGUCUGCUUAUCUAGAGAUGGAGAACUGCACUCAGCCAACAGUGAUUACCAAAGAUUUCUGCAUGGUGUUUUAUUCCCGGGAUGCCAAGCUGCCAGCCUCGCGCUCCAUCAGAAACCUCUUCAGCACCGGCUGCCUCAGGCCUUCUGAGAGCAAUCGUGUCACUGGAGUCUAUGAAGUCACCCUCUGCCAUGUGGCGGACAACGGAAGUCCAGGUAUGCAGCGUCGUCGCAGGCGUGUGUUGGACACCUCUGUGGCAUAUGUAAGGGGAGAGGAGAACCUGGCUGGAUGGAGGCCUCGCAGUGACAGUCUCAUCUUGGAUCACCAGUGGGAACUGGAAAAACUCAGUUUACUGCAGGAGGUGGAGAAGACCAGGCACUACCUGCUGCUAAGGGAGAAGCUGGAGGCGACCCUGCAGGCAGGACAGGAUGCACUUUACAAGAACAGCGACAUCAGCGACUUUGCAAAGAGCCCCGUCCUUAGCCACAGUCCUGGAAGUAUCCCCCCAACCCCUGAAAGCCCCAACCAGAGGCAGAGGGAGCUGGCUGCCAAGUGUCUGCGUCUGCUGAUGCACACCUUCAACAGGGAGUACAGCCAGGUGAGCAGCAGUGCCAGUGAGAGCAAGCUCUCUGAGAUGUCUGCUUCACUGAUGAGAGACUCCUCCUCGUCUGGACUCAGCACGCUCACUCCAUCCUCUACCUGUCCCUCACUGGUUGAGGGGCAUUAUGACAUCAGACACACUGAACCCAGUUCAGAAGCAUCCACACCUGAUCUGGAUCCAUACAGCCCUGUGGACAGAAAGAAAGCUCUCAAAGGAUGCACAUUUGUUCCUGAUAUCCAGGAGAUUCGUGUCAGCCCCAUAGUGUCAAAGAAAGGCUACCUGCACUUUCUGGAGCCACAUACCAGUGGCUGGGUGAAGCGUUAUGUGGUGGUGCGCAGACCCUACGUCUACCUGUACCGCAGCGAGAGGGACAGCGUGGAGAGAGCGGUCAUCAACCUGUCAUCUGCUAAGGUGGAAUACAGUGAGGACAAACAGACCUUACUGCGGACUCCAAACACGUUUGCUGUGUGCACUGAGCACCGAGGGAUUCUGCUGCAGGCCACCAAUGACAAAGAGAUGCACGACUGGCUGUACGCUUUUAACCCUCUGCUAGCCGGCACCAUCAGGUCAAAGCUCUCUCGGAGAAAGUCAGUCCAGUCGGCCCCGGCUGCUCAGAGGAUGUGAGAGGUGAAAGGACCUGGUGGAAAACAAAGAAACAAAACAAUCUGAACGCUCCACUCACCGCCCUCCUCUAAUAAACUUAACACAUAUAAACAAAUUAUACAAAAAACAUUUAAAUAACCUACCAUAUGAUGACCCCUCCCCACUCCAAAAAGACCCACGAGUGCUCAUCCUAAAGCCUAAAAAGACCCCCCUCCUCUCUCUUGUUUUGCAGUCACAACCUAAAGUCCCUGCAUGCUGUGCUCCCUCUUAGAAGAGACAUACAACAAACUAAACUCCCAAACCUGUUCAUUAACUCUCCUCUGCUGGGACUCGGGACUUCUUUUAGUCAUUAUACAUGUAGACGUCUGCCAUCUGUGAGGCUACCUGUUACCUGUAGAGAGUUCAUAUGUGGUCAGUCCCUUCUUUACUCAUUAUUACUUCAUUAACAAAUCCAAGUUAUGUGUUUAUCAUUAAAAACGCAUAACAGUGCAAAGAAGAAACAUGCACCUAUUAUAUACUGUACAUUACCUCAGUGUGGACUUGCCUAACUGCAGAGGUCUCAGAUAGCAAACAGAUCUGCCAAUUUAACAUGAAGUAGCAUGAGGGAGGUCAGGAUGAAGUGGUACAUUAUGCUUAUGUUUUUGUAACUGGUUCCACAAAAAUAACCCAGUAUCCAGAGAAAUAAUUCAUCUGGCUGCCUUGCUCCCAGUAUGUGCUUUCUUUAAUCCCUGUGUAAAUGAUAAUCCUAUUUAUUGUCCCUGUUGUUGUUUCACUGCACUGUUACUUACUAGUGACAGGGGCGUUGAUCAGUUUUGUUGCAUGGCACUUUAUCGUCUUUAUUGAGUUAAUGUACUGUUUUAUUUACUCUGUUGUUUUAACCAAAGCUAUUUUUAACUGUUUUAAAUCAUUUUGUAUGUGUGCUGGGUUUAAGAUGUUAUGGACAAAUGUUGACAUGUUCUCUUUCUUGUUAAGAGAUGCCACUACGUGCAGUACAUGUGAAGCUAAGCUACAUGUUAGCUGGGCUUAGCAUAGCGACUGUGCAGAACGUAAAACCUGUAUACCAGCGCCUCUUAAGCUUGAGGGUUAGGUAGAUGUAAAAUGUCCUGAUAUUACUGGAAGUUGUGUUGGCAAAAACUUCCAGGGAAAGGAAAAUACAAACUUUAUAUAAUGUGAGCCUAAGAGCUGCUGGUAACUGGACCUUAAAUAAAGCUAGGCUAGCGGGUUUCCCUUGUUUCCAGGAUUUGUGCUACACCUAUGGCACUAACUUUUAUGGUGCAUUUCCACUAAGUGGUAUGGUUUGGUGUGUUUUAUGCUUAGGAAUGGGCUGCAGUAGGUCUAGCUUCACUCUCUACAGUCAGAUAUGUGCCCUAACAGAAAUGUGAUGAUAGUACAGAUUGGUUAAUUUGGUAACUUUACCAACUUUUAACUGUAGAAACAGAUGUUAUUGUGUGUCGAAAGGAACUGAAUCAGCCCUAUUGAUGUAAAUGCAGCUUUAGUUUGACUCAGUAGAUCUUGAGUGUGCCGUUCCUCACAAGGACUGAAGUGAUGCCCAUCUUUAAGGGUUAUUGAUCAACAUGUCUGUUUUUUCUCUUCCUUAAGGUUGAAGUGUUUCUUCACACUAACCAAUCAUAAAUUAACCUUUAAUCUUAAAUACACCAGGAGAACUGCACUGGCAGUGUUUUGAGUAAGCAAAGAAGCUUUUAUUCAGUCUGCUAUGAGUUAGCAGAGUUGCUACAUCUGGUUCUUUUUCUAUAUAAGUCUCGUCUUGUAGCUGAAAUUUUAAUUUACCAUGGACCUGUAAUCUGUGUGAGUUGCUUUGAGUGGACAAGAGCGUUGUCCAUGCACCAGAUAGUGCCUCCCUCUCUUCAUCUCUUUUUCUUCUCUCCCUCUUUUAUCAUCAACUCGAACAUCAAGUUAGCAACACGUGUCAGAUUCAGCUCUUGUGUAGAGUAAAAGUAGUGGCUACAGCUCUUUUUUAUAUUGAGGAUUUUGGAGAGUGAAUAUUAUCAAUGAUGCUCUAUAGUAUGUUGGUAUAGCAGUACAGUAAAGCAUAUAUCUCAUUAUCAUUGUAAAUGUGGCUUUUUAAGAGAACCCCCUCUCUCAGCUUUUGUACUGUAGCUGCUUGAUAUUUUACAGCCUGAAGCUUGUGUCUCAAACCAGUACAGUAUGGUAGCUCACAGAUUUUAUGUGCAGGGAUGGUAUUGAAAUGCUUUUAACAGAUGCUUAUUGUUUUUGCACCUUACCAAGAUGGCGCCAAAUGAUGGUUUGAAAACAGUGUUAUGAUUAUAGUAGAGAAAUGAAACAAAUUCCUUACUCUUGUUCUAAAUAAUGAUCUGAAAUGGGCUUUUAGAAAAUUUUACCAUGUUUGUAAGUCUGAUAUUAUUAUUCGGGAUGUAACAAUGCUUCACGAUACAAUUAAAAAUCAGCACAAAAUGUGAAUAGAUCAGCCAAAUAUAGAUGCUGUCAUACUUCUUUUUAAUAAUCACAUAGCACUAUCUGCUUUUAGCUUCAAAUGUUUGAUGUCAGUUUCUGAUGCAGCAGCACUUAUCAGUGUCAUUUUAAACGAGAAAGUAUGCAUUUAUAUUUAAGUUUCUAUGGAACAUCAAAAUGUAAAAACAGUAUUACUUCUGUUUAUGAAGCUGGUUAAAGGAAAGGGAUAUCUUGCCGUUUUAUUGCCGGCGAAUUAAACUGAAAGAAUUGCAUUUAUUCAAACAUUGACAUAUGUCAUUGUAAAAGUGUAAAACCAUAAUAAAAUGUGGGGAAAUUAGAAUACAAACCCAGUAUUAUCAUUCAUAUCAUUUUGUGAGCAGAGUGUGUUAUCACAUCCUGAAUGUAGCAUUAUCAAUGGCAUUAUUUUGUGCUAAACAUUUUCUUUUCUAACAUUUACUCAAAGACGUGGUCAGCCAGCCACUUUGUCUUUCUCCUUUUACUCUUGUUCCCAGUCCUACUGGUUAUGAUCAGGUUUUUGUCAAAUCAGACUCAGAAUCAGCUCAAAGAGAGUAUUCAGGGCUCAUUAUGCUGCAGGCCAACCAACCUGCUAAGCUAUGCUGCCUGAUACUUAAAAAACUCUGUUUAAAUGAUAAUCUGCCCUUAGAAAUGACUCGAUUUGCUAAUGCUUACUAAAUCGUUUUGUGCCAUCUUGGUGUGUUUCACUGUAUUUGAUUUGUAAAUGCACACAGACAUAUCCUGUACUUUGUCUGCCUGGAACAGAAGACAAAUGUAAAGUUUUAUUUAUGGAUUUUAAAGGAUGGAUUAUGUUCUUAAAGUAUAUUGCACUUAUGGACAAGGCAUCUUUAUUUAUUAUGGUUUCAUACGAUCAUAUGCUGAGAAUGUAUGGAAAAUCCUGUCCUAAAGAGGAAAUGAUAAGAUUAUUGCUGUUUUUUUAACCUCAGCUAUCAAACCCCAACAACACAGCACAAAACAGAAGUGAUUUUUUUAGUGUACAUCUUGUGGAUGACUUUCCAUGCUUCCAGCCCAAAUAUUUCAAGGGUAUGGUGUUAAAAAAAAGAGAAAAAACUUCAAAUGAGAUCGCUUUAGUGCAAUGGCCAGUAAAUACCAAAAGGUUAAUGAGUUGCUUAUCAUAUUUCUGGCUGCUUUUUAACUGUCAUAGCUCUGGAUCGAAGCAUGCAGGUCCAUUUAUCUUCUGCUGUCCCUCUUUCCUGCCUUAUCGCUUGCUAUAGACAACAGCCCACCCUCACCCUAACCCCUCCACCCUAAUCCCAACCCCUCCCAAAGUGCUGCUUGUAAAGUAUCGUCAUUCAUGAUCCUUGUAAUGACUAACUGGAAACCUUCCUCUUGGCUCUGUCUUGUAUAUAAAUGGAGAUUUUCUGUGUUGGCUCUCAUCACACAGAUGAUAUUAACUCUCUCUUCCUGUGUAUACCAUGAUGAAUAAGAAUAACAGGGCCUGCUGCUUCGUCAAGUGUCACCGCAGAGCAAAGAGAACCAAGGGGUCUGUUUUGCACAUUUCAGCUCAGUUUGGAUGGGGGUGGUUAUUAACUAGGCGGGUAGGUGGUCCCGGGUUUUUGCUCGUUUGCUCUGAGCUGCUUUGACAGAAGCAGACUCAGGUCCCAGCCUGUGAUGAAGUCUUAAUCUCAGUGCUCACGUUUCUCUUUUAAGUGUUCUCGAGUUCUUUCUCAUGUCUGUGGACACGUAACUAAAGUUGUCAAGAAAAAAUAAGGCGAAUAAAUA